AUGGACAAGGCUGAAGCCAGCGUAUCUCACAAUGAGGGUAACAGCAGCCCUACGCCGGUACCGUAUUUGCUCAAGACGAACAAGAAGGGAUGGGUACUGGUGCCGCAGCCCACCGACGAUCCACACGAUCCCUUGAACUGGUCAGCAUCCAAAAAAGGGGUGACCCUGAUGCUGGUCUCAUUGGUAUCUUUCUCAACGUCUCUCCAAGCUGUGGCCAACAAUUCUGGCUUCUUCGUGCAAGCGGAGGUCUACCACAAGACCGCAAUCCAGCUCUCAUACAGCGCAUCUUCCGCUAUCGCCGGACUGGCCGUUGGACCAUUCGUCUGGAAUCCGCCGGCAAAGCGUUUUGGGACCAGUCGAUGCAUCGCGAUCAGUCUGUGUCUGACGAUUUGCAUGAACAUCUGGUCCGCAUUGGGAUCAAACAUCAUCCUAGAAACAUUUUUCCUCCACGAUAGGGGGAAAUGCUUCUCCGUCUACACAUCGAUGAACCUUCCCGGCAUCAUUGCCGCGAGCACCUUGUGCGGAUUCAUUGUCCAGAACGCCAGCUGGACCGUUCAAUAUUGGUACAACGUCGGAUUUGAAGUGUUUCUUGCCAUCUGUUGCAUCCUGCUGCUGGACGAAACAGCAUACCCCAGAGGUAACAACCCUGAGCAGCCGAUCCUUCCGAGGAACUACGUCCAGCGCAAGAUCGCAAUCUACGGGUGCACGCAGAGAAUCACUCCUCCACAAACCGGUCGAGAGCUGGCAUUCACCAGUGUAUUACCAGUCCUCAUUGGCAUCUCACCCGUAGGUGUGUUGAUCGGGCUCUUUCUCAUUGCCAUGUUCAGCUGGGCCAUGGUCACCGCCACCGACACAUCCGUCUACUUGCAAACACCGAUCGGGGAAGGGGCUACGGAGUUACCCCGUACCAAAAUGCUUACUAAACUCUUCUGCAGUUUCAUUCACAUCAUGGAUUGGGUCUUUGCCUCCCAAAUCUAUUGCCACUUCGUCAAUGACCAGCUGGCUCUGAGGAUGUGUGCCCAUCACGGUGGCACUUGGAAGCCCGGAUACCGACUUCACGCCCUGUGGUUCCCGAGCCUCUUCCUCUACCCGGUAUCGUUGGGCCUCGUCGGUGCGACGCUCUUCUACCAUCUGCACUUCAUUGUCCUGGCGUUUGCGGUGUUUUUGACAACCAUUGCCUCCAUAUCGGGCGUUUCGGUAGUUCUCUCUUACCUCGUCGAAUGUUUCACGGACCACCCCAACGAAGUCGCCGUGGUGGUCAAUUUUUAUCGCUUCGUGUUCGGCAUUGCUGUGACGUUCUUCAUUCUCCCAUGGUCUGGCGCGUUGGGGAUCAAUUGGGCAUACGGCAUGAUGGCCUUCUUCACAGCCGGAUCGUUCAUCCCGAUCACUAUCCUCAUGCUAUGGGGUCCCAAUAUCCGUGCCAGAAGCCUCACUGCAGGGAAAAGCGACGAUGGCGUGAAAGUGUCUAUCGAGGGCCACUCCGGUGUCAUCAAGGCGUGGCGGUGA